AUGUCAGUGAUCGCUUUUCAGCCCUCGCAAGCGGACCAACUGCAGUUUGAUGGCUAUGAAGGAAGCCAGCUGUGUCAUGUCCAUGGUGCUCCUGAGCCGAUACAUGACAGACGGACUUUCCUUAAGAGAACAGGUCUGACUUUGGAGACACCUCUGAGCCAAUUCCAAGCAGUCGAGCUGAACAUGUACCUCACAUCAAAGCUAUCAUCUUCUCUUUCCCUGGCUUUCGCCAGCCUCCUCGUGAGCUGUCCGCUUGCCUUCAGCGAGGUUCUUCCCGACUCGUCGUCAACUUUCACGGAAGACAACUACGGAUGGCCCACGUACGGGCCGUGGGGAUUGAAUAACAGUCUAUAUUCGAGUCUGCUCAGCAGACAGCCCAACACCACUGGCAAGUACCCACUGUCGGGUCCCGACAUAUCCACGACAGCGCCAUCUUCGGAGACAGGAACCGUCGACGGCUGGGCCUGGACGAUCGACGUCAAAGCCGACAUCCCCAUCAACCUCUCAAACCACAGCUAUACGCCGGAAGUUGAGGCCGAGUACUUCACCGGCGCCCAGAUUACUCUCCAUGCCCCAUCGAACGCAGAGACGGACCUGUCUUGGCUGGUGUGUGUCUUGGAUUGGGAGGUGGACAACUCAUACACGGAUGACCUGCGCAGGGACGACGGCAGCUGCUCCACGGCGUUGAGCAGCCAAUGUCGCAGCGAUAUGGCCGACGCCGUUGCGAAGGGGUGGUCGACCCAAAGCGGCACAAAUCGUUGCAAGUGCCCGGACCUAACGACUAUAGACUCCUGUGCACCGGUUCCUGCGGCUUUCCACUCAGGCUGCGGCGGCACGAUUUACAAUGCCACCGACCUCAACGACAGCCGUAACAGCACCAGCCAUAAAGACAGCUGGGGUGCUGGUCAGCUCGUCGUGCAAACCUAUGGUGGGCCGCCCACCUCACAGGGAAACAUCACGGCAUAUGAUCAGACUGGCAGCCUUGCGUGGCCUUAUAUGGUGGUAUGGGGCUCGAUAGCAACGGGGUCUACUCCUACCUCCCAACUCACCUGUAUCCGUGCGAGCAAUGCUAGUGCCGGGAGCGAAGUACCUGGGACGAGCAGUGUUGACGGUGGCAGCAGUGCUUCCUUGGGGAAGGGCAUGUCAUCCAUGGGAGUCUUGGCUAGUAUGCUGGUAGCUGUCUGGAUGACCGUUGCCUAG